AUGUUCAGAAGUCCAGGUAAUAAUAAGCUGAAGCAUCAACAAGCUGACGAUUAUCAGUACUCAACGCAACGUCAGCAAACACAACAAUACUCGCAUAUACCCCCACCGCCACCUUCUCAACAACAACAACAACAACAACAACAACAACAACAACAACAACAACAACAACAACAGUACCAAACUUCGCAACACGGCUCCUUUCAUCCUCAUCCCGUGUCCAAUACUUCGCUGGUACAAAAUGCUGCAUUAGGUUCGAUCUCCCCCAUGAGAUCGUCUUUUCAUUCAAUUGGUCGUGAUAGUUAUCCAGGGGGACCGGCUACUCCAGGCUCUCCUAGUCAAUCGAGCGCUCAUUCAAAUCCAGAACAUCAACGAAAACAAAUCACCGAUAAAAUUACUGCUGAUUGCUACUCCAAAACUAUUCAAAGUAAUGGGCAAAGAGUUCACGAGGUUUCCUAUAUAGCCCAUAUCAGCGUGCAAGAGUUUUCUCACUUUUCCAGUCAUCCGCCACCACAAAAUGUCAACCCCGGACCAUCAAAAAGUAGAGUAUUGGUGUUGUGUAAGAAAUAUUCGGGUAGAAUGUUGUUGCAAAAGGGAAAGUUUCUGGAUGAUAAACGUGUUUUCCAAAUUGGAAGAACUUGGGAUUUGUCUGAGCUACUGCUUAUAAGAAAAGUGGGGUCUGACGGAAUGAUUUUGACUAUAACAAAAGAUUACUACUGGAAAUGUGAUGAAGAAGACUCGAGAAUUUGGAAAUUUUGUCGAUACUUGUGUCAGCAUUAUGGAAUUGCAACUGGAAGGUAUCCCAAAUUGGAUGGAUUCACAUUGGAUGAAUUUAUGCUACCAGCUGUACCGAAAUCACCAACCCAAGUUGCAAGUCCAACAUUUCAAUCGAUUCCGAAACAUGAACCAGUUCACAACCAGCAUGUAUCACCCAAACCAGAAGCCGCAAAAUCAACAAAAUCGUUGAAACAGAAGAUCAUUCACAAACCGUCAAUAUUUUCUCAAGAUAAAUUAUCUCAUCGUGAAAAACAAAAUGUGGGCAACGAAACUUCACCUACGACUAAGUCAACUCCAUCUCAUAAGAAAACACUCAGUGGUGGCAUGUACAAAGGUUUGGAUUUCACUGUCAAUGGCCAAUUACCAAAGAAACCCAUGCAGGUCAUGCAAAGGGAAACUCCAUUGGUAGACCUUUCAAUAAUAAAUGAGCCAAAACGUCAUCAACUUGAGGAGCCCUUUAGUCAAUCGCAAAGUACGCUUGCUCCAAGUCAAAUAUCUUCACCACAUUCCUAUCAAAGAGAAGCUGAUUCCAGACAACAAAACUUUAGUCAAUUGGCAGGUAGGAGUGAUACCACUAGUCAGACAGCAGCCAAUGACCAAAGUUAUUAUCCUACGCAACUUGAUCCUUCUCCUGUGGUAGAUAACACGCGGAAUAAUAUGCUCGAGGGGAAACGAAAGCCUCACCCAUACACACAGAGGCUUGGGGGGGAUGAAGACUCUAGAAGUGUGUUGAGUAGUGACUCCCAUAGUUUUGUGUUUGGUGGCGGCAAUUUAAAAGAUGAUCAACACGAUCAGUCGACUAAGGGUACUGACCAUAGUACCUCACCAUAUGAGACCAAGAAAACCACUCAAUACGGCACCGUCAAAAGCAUGCUUGAGCCUCUUGAAUCGGUAAAGGAGCAUAAUUCAAAACCGAAUGUGAAUAUUGGCGCUCAAAAUGGGACGGAAGAUUUCCCGUCCGUUGAGCAAAUGAGUAAUCGAAAGGGAUCGACUUCUUCUGUUCUUAACUCUAUCAAGAAUCAGAGUUCAGUAACCACUGAAAGAGUAAAUGAUCUGGGAGAACGUCAUGCAAGUGUCUCAUCUCAAAGGAGACUGCUGGCAUCAGGGCACGGAAACGUGUAUGGGCAUCAAAGACAACGUCUGCAAGGAGGCUCAUCUUGGAGCUUAGGCGAUAGAAAGAAGGAGGUUAUUGGUAAAGCUGGUGUUCCUAAGCAGUACAAUACGUUGCAAAACGAUGACAAGAAAGAAAAAUCCCCCAAUUCUUCAAUGUUCAUAGAAGAAUCUACGAAGAUAGAAGGAAGCAAUAGGGUCGACGAGCACAUGCGGGAGUUAGAAGGGAUGUUGGACUCUCAUAUAACUGGAGCACACGAUGACUCGUUCGAUUUUAAUGACGCAAUUGACUUGAAUGAGGAACCAGAGAAAAACGUUACACCACGCACCAAAAUACCUCCCGCAGACAAUGUCGAUUUUACUUUAGACGAUGAUACACAUAGCCUAUUGGAAGAGCCGCUUGAACCAGGCUUGAACAUUUCCAAGAAGACGCCUACUCCAACACCUGACCCCAUCACUCGUACUUCGUUGCCUGAAUUUGAGAGAGAUAUGGAGGCGGAAGAAUUGUUAAAAGAGUUGAACUGGAGCUCGAAGAUAGAUGCCGAUACUCUUAUCAAGAGCUUGACCAGGGAGUUGAACAAGACCAAACAAGAAACAGUCAAGAAAUUAGUUGAUAUUGAUUUAUCUAAUACGACAGCAAACGAUGUGGGUGUCGCUUCGAGUGAAGUAGAGCAUAUGCUUCGCAUAUUUCAAAAAAUGGAUAUCAACUUUAAGAUGUUGAAUGCAGACGUUAGUGUCAUUGAUAAGAACUCAAAAGGAUUGCAAUUGAAGUUUGUUAAUAAGAAAUUGCUAUAUGAUGAUUUGAAUGGUAUUUUAUCCAAGGUGUCUGUUGGUGCUGAAGACUUGCAUGAUAUUGGUGAGUUUAAAAGUUUCGAAGCUUUCAACGCUGUUGGUGUUCUUGAAUCUAAAUUGUUGAGCUUGUAUAAUGGUUUGAUAACCAUUAGAUCUGAUUCUUCGCAUGCCAAUGAUGGCCAAGACUUGAGCUCAUUGAAAGCUCUACAACAAUACAAGAGCAAGUACGAAAGCGUUAGCAAUAGGUUCGUGAGACAUUUUUAUGAGUUUAUGAAAAAGAAGAUCGAUAGUAUUGGCAAAGAAUUGGCUCCGGAUAUUGAAAAUGUUGACCCCAAAAAUAUUACUCUGCGGUUAUCACAACUUCUUGUUUAUAGCGGACUUACCUACUAUGUGAAGGAGAUUGGUACCGAGUAUUUUGAUGAGAUUAACAACCAAUUCAACCAAACCUUUUCAAAAAUAUUGGAGAAGAUGUUGAAGGCGAAGGCUAAAAAAUUGAAAGCUGAUCAAAAACAUUUGCGUUCAACUUUAGACUCUUCUCACUACGACCCGUCAUCCAUUCUGUUCAUCAACAGAAGACUGGAAAGACUGUCAUUAUCUCCAUCAUUGAAUGGUAAUUUAGGUGAUGAAAACGAUGAUGACGACGACGAUUUCGCUCCUUUAAGAAAAGGAAGAAGUCUGAGAUUUUCAAGAAAGGGGGGCCGAUUUAACCAAAAUGUCAACAGUAGGGAGCUUGAUGCUGAUAAGCAAGAACAAUUAGAAUCAAUAAAAAGACACAUGAUGGGUAAGGGGUCGUCGAAUGGUGAGUUGGAGGAUUCCAAGUCUGUUAUUGGCUUAAUUGAAGAAUUAAAGGCAAUCGUUAUGAUUUUUCAAUACUUUAUUGUUUCAUUUUUCCAUUACAAUGCGACCACGCUCGAUUUUGCCGAGUUUUUGGAAAACAAUCCAUUUGGUGCCAGAGAGGAAUUUGCUGAUCCUAAUUAUUUUGCAAACCUUGAUUUUACAGAUAUCAGUAACAAUUAUUCCGUUUCUAAUGAUGUCAUCGACAACCUUGAUAAAGUUUUAGGUGGGUUGAUCACCAGUUUUAUUAAGAUAGUCAACCCUAUUGACAUCAAUAUUCCUGUGAUUUUGUUACAUAUUGAAGACGUUAUGAAGUCGAUUCAGGAAUCAGUAAUUAACCAAGACUUUUUAAUUUAUAAUUUCCUUCAAUUGGUUAGUGAUAAGUAUCAAAAUCAGUGGUGGAAAUUUGUUGGAGCUCAAAUUGAAUCAAUUAAUAAUUCAACAAUUGUUCCUAAUAGUGGUAUUCUAACAUCCGUGAAGCAAGUCAAUUACAUUCUUUUGAUCACGGAGACAUCAAUCGGUGGUCGUGACAUCAAAGGCACCAAAAUCCGGAAUAUAAUUGAUAAGACAUAUGUUCAAUUGACCGAUGCGUUGAUUAGUUUGUUUUCCAGACAAGACCCAUUGGUGAAUAGCGGUGGCUUUGAUGAUAAGGAACGUGAAUACAAAAAUGUGGCCAUUUUAGAAAACAUAUUUUACAUUUUACAACAGCUUAAUGACAUUGGUACUGGGAAUAACUCAACCAAGAAAUUACUGGAAAAGUUGACUCAAAAUUUCAAACGAAUUGAAGAUAUUUAUUUUGCAAAACAAGUUCAUAAAUCAAUUGGCAAAUUGGUUGAUUUCAUUGAAGAUUGUGAAAAAUCCGCUGCUAUUGCAACAACCCAUCAACUGAACCCAGCAUCUCAUUCAAUCAAACAACAACAUCACCAGCAUCAACAAAAGAAAAUCGCCAAAUCACUCUUGACUCAAUUUAGUGAGGACGACAUUAGGUAUAAAGUGGAGCUGAUUCAUGAAUCGUUUGAAAAACAAUUUCGUAAAGCAUAUGAUCAAUCUGCCGGUGGUGGGCGUAGUGGUAAUGAUAAUUUAUUCACUCGUGAUUUGAUUGACAGGUUGUGGAGUGAUUUGGAGACGUUAUUUAUUGAUUACUUUACGAGAUUGGGAAAGAUUUUACGACAACAGUUUGAUAGAGAAAUGGACUAUCAUGUGGGAAGACAGGAUGUACAUCAUAUUUUCAAGUCAAUUAGAAGUUAA